AUGUCCGCACCCACCGUCAACCCCGUCGGGCCUGGUACUUUGAUUACUGUCAAGGUGACCUAUGAAGACCAUACCAGGCGCUUCAAAAUCCCUUUGAGGGAUCUCGGGGCUCGUACCUUACCCCAGAAUUUGCGCCAACUGCUUGGCACUCCGGCGGAUACCAACGUCAUCUUUGAACGCUAUUCGGAUAGUGCCGGUUCUUAUGUCCAGCUAGACAGCAACAACCCGGCAGUUUUUAAACAGCUUUAUCGGGCUGCGAAAGCCAAGCUGAAGCUGCGAAUCAAAGCUACUGUCGUCCAGCCUACGAGCCAACCAGCAGUAUCCGAGAGCAUUAGCGAACCAAGAUACAGCUACCUGGAAACCGUUUUGAGUCACCCUAUUCCUGAGAAAGCAGUUGAUACGAACGACAGUUCUACCACAUUAGCUACAACUCUUCCAGUAAGUGCGGAACGGACCACAUUGUUCGGCUCUCAAGACCCCUUCUGCUCGGCCACCGAAAUGGAAGGAUCGAAAUCCGUCAGCCACAGAGAAUUUAUCUUGGGCCCUGACAGCCCGAGUGCUCCCGUGAUCUCUCACACCUCCACUGCUGGUGUGUUCUGCAUCGACUGCGAUCACUGUGGUCGUCCUAUUCCAAAUGAACACUACCAUUGCAAUACCUGUUCCGACGGCGACUAUGACCUCUGUCCGCAGUGCAUUGACUCGGGCGUUAACUGCCAGGGCGAGGACCAUUGGCUGGUUAGACGUUUUGUAAAGGACGGUAUCAUCACCAACAGCACCACUAAGACUCUCGCAUCACAUAAAAUUCAAACUCGCGAUGAGCAUAAACCCCGGUCGGAGCCAGUUUUGGAAAGUGCUCCCGGAUUAGCUGAAAAUAUCGCAAUCAACCGCGAACGUGUGUGUAACAACUGCCUCAAAGAGUUCGACGAGGGUAAAAUGGUUUCCUGCGCUGACUGCGAUGAUUUCGACUUGUGCAUUACCUGCAUUCUUGGACACAAACAUGGGCAUCACCCUUCACACACCUUUGUGUUGUUGGGAGACCACGAUGCUGGCUUAAAGAACCUUGUUCUUUCCCGCUGCAAGCCCGGCCGUGGUUAUCAUCAUGCAGCUAUAUGUGAUGGCUGUGAAAGCCAUAUUACCGGUGUACGCCACAAAUGCCUCACAUGCCCAGACUGGGAUUACUGUUCCGAGUGCCAUCUCUCGGCAUCUCGGACCCAUCCUGGUCAUCGGUUCGCCCCGCUCUACACGGCUAUCUCUGAGCCGCUGCAGUCUCACGAGGUGCACUUUGGCGUCUUUUGCGACGGCCCUCUAUGCAAAGACAAGCCAAGAUCCGGAUACAUCACUGGUGUUCGUUAUAAGUGCUCCGUCUGCCACGACACCGAUUUCUGCGCCAAGUGUGAAGUCCAUCCCUUAAAUACGCACAACCGUACACACCCUAUGGUUAUGCUUAAAACACCAGUGCGCAGCGUCACUGUGAAUACUGUCCACGAGAACACAUUUAGCCAGGAGACGACUUCCGUGGGCGACCACAUCCAGAGCUCGACGUCGACUCAAGCUUCCGCUCGCAAUGACCCAGACACCGAAAUGGAAACAGUAGCUGAGAAGAAGGUUCAAGUCUCUGAGGAUUUACCCAGGGAAGCGAAGUCUAUCAAUCUUGAAAAGACUUCUAGUCCAGUUAUGGAUUCCGAAUACCAAGCAUUUUUCCUUGAGGAUACCAUUUCCGACGGCACGGCGAUGCAACCGAACCAGGUCUUCCAACAAACCUGGAAGCUUUACAACCCUGGACCGCUCGCAUGGCCUGCUGGAAGCAAUGUCCGUUUUGUUGGUGGCGAUUCCAUGUUCAACGUGGACACUAACCACCCCAGCAGUCUGGAAUCAGUCACGGCUGCCAUGGAAAGCAAUAAGCUGCCUCAGCCCCUGGAAGCCGGACAGAGUGCUGAAUUCACUGUCAAUCUGAAAGCACCCAGGCGUCUAGGGUCUGCAAUCUCAUACUGGCGAAUGAAGCUUGCGGACGGCACACCCUUUGGCCACCGGUUGUGGUGUGACAUUCAAGUCCGUGAGGAUUUGGUUCCCGCUGCGGACGACCGCAAAGACGACAACAACAUAAUUUCUAGCGAAAAGACCCCUGAGCCCGCCGCGGUUAACAAUUCCGACAUCUCCGAGAGUCAUAUGGUCUUCCCUAAACUGGACAAGGAGUCACCAGCAGCAAGCACACAUGAGGCGGUCAACGUACCGGCCACCGCUCCCUCUGUGACUGACGCUUCUGAGCGUGAUGUCUUCGACGAUAUGGCCAGCUUGACCCUGGGAGAAGAGACCUCGACUGAGACUGGGUUCUUGACUGAUGAAGAAUAUGAUAUUCUGGAUGCUAGUGAUCAGGAGUUUUUGGAUGCCAACUCUUCUCGUUAAUAAAUGAUGGCGGUGAUACUUAUGAUAAAGAAUGAAACUGUGGACUCUAGGAUUUGGUAUUUCCGGGAUAAUAGCGCGGUCAGGGAAAGGUGAUUCAAGUUGUUUCUUAUCUCACAUGCACUGCCGACCAAGCUCGGCCGAGUAAGUGCAUGCUCAUGCGCUGUAUCUCACAUCUUCUCUCAAAUUGGAUACCAGCAUGCUGUUCGUUUUCU